GUAAAGCGUCCACUCCAGCCGGUGGCGUCCUGGACUCGGAGCCUCCUUUCUCCAGCGGCCUGAGACGGCGGCUCGGGCAAGGGGCUCAGCGGCGACGGGCGCGCAGAGAGGCCACCGUGGAGAGCUGGCCCCAGCCUGGCCGCUGCGGGCCCCUGCUGCCAAGACGGUCCGGCCUGUCGCUGGAUCAGGCCCUCCGGCCCGAGGGUGAGGACGAAGACCGGGAUGGCGAGGCGUGGAGGCCCGCGCCUGGGCGGCUGCCUGGCCUUGCUCUCGCUGCUCCCAUCCCUGAGCCUGGCGCAGUACGAGGCCUGGCCCUACUACCCUGAAUACUUCCAGCAGCCGGCCCCCGAGUACCACCGGCCUCAGGUGCCCUCGGAUGUCGCCAAGAUCCAGCUGCGCCUGGCGGGCCAGAAGAGGAAGCACAGCGAGGGGCGGGUGGAGGUGUACUACGACGGCCAGUGGGGCACCGUGUGCGACGAUGACUUCUCCAUCCACGCGGCCCACGUCGUCUGCCGGGAGCUGGGAUACGUGGAGGCCAAGGCCUGGACCGCCAGCUCCUCCUACGGCAAAGGGGAAGGACCCAUCUGGUUGGACAAUAUCUACUGCACAGGCAGAGAGGCCACCCUUGCCGCCUGCUCCUCCAAUGGCUGGGGUGUCACCGACUGCAAGCACACAGAAGACGUGGGCGUGGUGUGCAGUGACAAAAGGAUUCCUGGUUUCAAAUUUGACAACUCAUUGGUCAACCAUAUAGAGAACUUGAACAUCCAGGUGGAGGACAUCCGGAUCCGAGCCAUCCUGUCCGCCUACCGCAAGCGCACUCCCGUGACAGAGGGCUAUGUAGAGGUGAAGGAUGGCAAGACCUGGAAGCAGAUCUGUGACAAGCAUUGGACAGCCAAGAAUUCCCGUGUGGUCUGCGGCAUGUUUGGCUUCCCUGGGGAGAAGACGUACAACGCCAAAGUGUACAAGAUGUUCGCCGCCCGGAAGAAACAGCGCUACUGGCCCUACUCCAUGGACUGCACAGGCACGGAGGCUCAUAUCUCCAGCUGCAAGCUUGGCACUCAGGUGUCGCUGGACCCCGUGAAGAAUGUCACCUGUGAGAAUGGGCUGCCGGCUGUGGUGAGUUGUGUGCCUGGCCAGGUCUUCAGCCCCGACGGGCCCUCAAGAUUCCGGAAAGCCUACAAGCCAGAGGACCCCGUGUCUCUUCAGCAACCCCUGGUGCGGUUGAGAGGCGGUGCCAACAUCGGGGAGGGCCGAGUGGAGGUGCUCAAGAAUGGAGAAUGGGGGACCAUCUGUGACGACAAGUGGGACCUGGUGUCUGCCAGUGUGGUCUGCAGAGAGCUGGGCUUUGGGAGUGCCAAAGAGGCCAUCACUGGCUCCCAGCUGGGGCAAGGGAUAGGACCCAUCCACCUCAAUGAAAUCGAGUGCACUGGGAAUGAGAAGUCCAUUAUAGACUGUAAAUUCAAUGCUGAGUCCCAGGGCUGCAACCACGAGGAAGAUGCUGGUGUGAGAUGUAACAUCCCCGCCAUGGGCUUCCAGAAGAAGCUGCGCCUGAACGGGGGCCGGAACCCCUACGAGGGCCGGGUGGAGGUGCUGGUGGAGAGGAACGGGUCCCUCGUAUGGGGGACGGUGUGUGGCGAGAACUGGGGCAUUGUGGAGGCCAUGGUGGUCUGCCGGCAGCUGGGCCUGGGGUUUGCCAGCAACGCCUUCCAGGAGACCUGGUACUGGCACGGAAAUAUGUACGCCAACAAAGUGGUCAUGAGUGGAGUGAAGUGCUCGGGAACGGAGCUGUCCCUGGCGCACUGCCGCCACGACGGGGAGGAUGUGGCCUGCCCCCAGGGCGCGGUGCAGUAUGGGGCUGGAGUGGCCUGCUCAGAAACGGCCCCUGACCUGGUCCUCAAUGCGGAGAUUGUCCAGCAGAGCACCUACCUGGAGGACCGUCCCAUGUUCAUGCUCCAGUGCGCCAUGGAGGAGAACUGCCUCUCGGCCUCGGCUGCCCAGACCAACCCCACCACUGGCUACCGACGGCUCCUGCGCUUCUCCUCCCAGAUCCACAACAAUGGACAGUCUGACUUCCGACCCAAGAAUGGCCGCCACGCGUGGAUCUGGCAUGAUUGCCACAGGCACUACCACAGCAUGGAAGUGUUCACCCACUAUGACCUCUUGAACCUCAAUGGUACCAAGGUGGCAGAGGGCCACAAAGCCAGCUUCUGCUUGGAGGACACAGAAUGUGAAGGAGACAUCCAGAAGAGUUACGAGUGUGCCAACUUCGGUGAGCAGGGCAUCACCAUGGGCUGCUGGGACAUGUAUCGCCAUGACAUCGACUGCCAGUGGGUCGACAUCACUGACGUACCCCCUGGAGACUACCUGUUCCAGGUCGUCAUUAACCCCAACUACGAGGUAGCAGAGUCGGACUACACCAACAACAUCAUGAAGUGCAGGACCCGCUACGACGGCCACCGCAUCUGGAUGUACAACUGCCACAUAGGCGGUUCCUUCAGUGAAGAGACGGAAAAAAAGUUUGAACACUUCAGUGGACUCAUAAAUAACCAGCUCUCUGCACGGUAAAGCACCAGGUCACCACCGCCCGUCUCGGGGCCCCGGCGCACCUUCCCCAACAGCUGCAGUCCGAGGGCCACAAUCUCUCCUCGUCCAGCCCUGUGCCUGCCGUCUCGAACCCCCUGCAGCCUCGUCCGAGGCUCAGGAGGAAGGCGUGUGCCUGUCACUUGCUGGGGGCUGCCGCCUGACCUCGGGAGCCUGGGACGACUACCAGGGUUGUGGCCACCAAGAGCCAUCCAGCCUGGGACCCCAGGAGCACGGGUUAGCAGCGGCCGGUCCCACCUACCCCGCAGUCUGCCCCUUGUAGGACACCCCCCCACCCAGCUCACGCCAGGUAACACGGGGCCCCAUCGGUGUUGUGAGCUGUCCACCCAAGGGGUUUGGGCUGAAUUCCAUCUUCCUCCUCUUCAGUCAUUUCCAGCCAACCUGAAUAUCUAGACCCUUCUUCCAAUUAAAGACUGCCUCUCCUCUGUUAUAUUCACAUAUACAAAUAAUGCUGCCACAUGUUUUCUAAUUAGGUGAGCGAGCUCAGAGUUGGUGCUUCUUCCCCCACCCCCCACUCCGAAAUUCUCUUACAAGAUACCAUUAUUAUAUUUUCACAGACUUUGAAACACAAAGUAACUUAGUGGCAUUUAAUAUUGGGCAUCUGGGCCUUUGAAAGUAUAGCUCAGAAGAAAAACCAACCCACCUGUGUAAGUGACUCAUCUUUCUGUUGUUCCAAUUCUGUGGGUAACUGAUGUAACGGUGCUAUAAACCUGGGUCCUGGGUGAUGAGGACACCCACUGAGCGCCAUGUGUCAUCACAGACACUUACACAUACUUGAAACUUUAAAUAAAAGGUUUAUGAUA